UGGCGACCAGAGGAGAAAUUCAUUGAAGCAGACGCAGUGGAGGCUGGUGUUGUCCCGAAAAGAGAAAUUGUGACCGUCGCCGUGAACUCAGCGGCUCGUUUUAUUCUCCUCUGCCUGUGGACGCGGAACAAUUCAAUCCAUCUGAUAGAAGGUGUGAUCAGUGGAUUAGAGCAGGGGCAGAAUUACGCACAGCGCACGGGCCUGCGCUGAAUGUCAUAACACUGGGAUAUUCUGCAAAGCACCGACACGGUCCUUGCCACAACCAUGGAGAUUGUGACCCAUUUUAUCAAUGACACCAUAGAAUUCUACAAAUGGACCCUAACCAUUGCAGCUUCCACUAACUUGGACCCUGAUCCCAUCAUCAGAAAAAGUGCAGCUGAAGGAGGGAUCGUUCGAGGUGUGGCAGAAUAUAUUAGAUUCUUCUGCUCUAGUUGUCUAUAUCCUCCUUUUUCUUUCUUUUUCCUUCCCCCUGCUGUACCUGCCUUCAACACAUUUCUGCCUUUGUGUCUGAGACAGGUCGCAGGAGCUCUGUGGUGGUAUUUCAUCUCCAAAGGCAUUGAGUACCUGGACACAGUGUUUUUCAUUCUGAGAAAAAAAUUCAACCAGGUUACCUUCCUGCACGUCUACCACCACUGCACCAUGUUCACGCUCUGGUGGAUCGGCAUCAAAUGGGUGGCAGGAGGACAGUCAUUCUUUGGUGCACACAUGAACGCGGUGAUCCAUGUCUUGAUGUAUCUGUAUUAUGGCCUGGCCUCCUGCGGACCGAAGAUCCAAAAGUACCUGUGGUGGAAGAAGUAUUUGACCAUCGUCCAGAUGAUUCAGUUCCACGUCACCAUCGGCCACACGGCCUUGUCCCUCUAUGUCAACUGCGAUUUCCCCCACUGGAUGCACUACUCCCUCAUCUGCUAUGCCAUCACCUUCAUCAUCCUCUUCGGCAACUUCUACUACCAGACCUAUCGCCGCCAGCUGCCCAGGCGCGACGCUUCAUCCUCCUCCUCCAAGGCAGGCAAGGCCCUCUCUAACGGGGCCCUCAACGGCCUCAGCAAGGCCGCCAACGGAGCGGUGGUGAUGGGAAGCAAAGAGGAAAAGCCCCAGGAGAACUCUGGGAGGAGGAAGAGGAAAGGAAGAGCUAAAAGGGAUUAGAGGAAGAGGCGCAAGAGUGGGUGAGGUGAGGUAGGGCCUUGCUUUGGGUUCUCGGUUGCUAGUGCUAAAACCAUGAAAGACUUCAUGUGAGGAAAAAAGUAGAUGAAUGGAUGUGUUAAAGUGUGACGUGUUUAUUUUAAGCUAUGAUGCGAGUGUUGUAGAUACAAUCUGGAGACAGGCCUGUGUUGAGAGAGGAUCAUUGUGUUAGUGAGAGGUGUCAAAGGUUGUGCCUAUAGCUGACCGUUAUCACAAAUAACCCAAAAUACAGUAGAGUUCCUGUGGUGCGGGACAGAAGUUAGUAUUCCUUCUCUUUACUGCGGUGGCAGCUUCUGGAGAUCAGGCUCGAAAAACGACAUUCAGCUGUAACCUGAUAAGGCAAACGCCAAACGCCACAUUAAAAUAUGUACCAUCGUUACGAGUGAUCACUGCUGUACUGAGACAGGAAUACACAUCAUAACAUGUACAACCAUGUCAUCCUUAUAUUUGAGCUUAUUAUUUUCUUUGUUCUUCCCCUUUGCUGAUAUAAAACUGAUGAUGAUGUACAGUAUCAUGUCAUGUCCUCAUCUUAUCCAAGAUAUCAUUGGUGUUACAUGAGAGAGACCUGUGUUUACAGAACAUGACACCUCCGCUGUUAUCCACGUAUUUGUGAAGACAGGAGACGUCAUUUUUGUUAUUUAUUUCAUAUCAUGGACUUUCACUUCAGCUACAUUUUAAAGAAGGAAAUAAAUAAAUAUCCAGAGGUAAGAUGUACAUGGAAAAAGAAAAAACACGGAUUUCUAACCCUCCCUUUGAGACCGGGCUGAGAUUCUUUCAUCACCGUUCAAAGAUGAAAUAAUCAUCAACUGCAGCUCACUGAAGGUUAAAAUUUCUAUUUUCUAUUUCUGUAUACAACCAUAACAUGUUUUUAUAUAUCCCUACUUGUAUGUAAUGUAAUGAAAUAUAAUGAAUAUUAUCCAGAGAAAUAAUGAAUCUUGAUGAUUAUCUCAGUGUUUUCAAAGAGAAGCCGGUGGAAUUUUUGUCUUUGCAGAUAUUUACCUGUCUUUUUAUAUCCUCUCUGACGUCGUUGUUUGUCCUACAUGCUGGUGAAAAUGAGAGAAGCUGGGGCGCUCUGGGGAACAAGCUCACAGCCAUGUUCGAUCCUGAGUUGACUUUAGGCUGAUUUUCCUCCAAUAUUCAAUCAAAUAUCAACAUCUGUCUACGUUUUCAGGCUCAAUCUGUAUCCUGAGCUGGCUUGAAUGUAAAUUAAUCAGGGGAAAACAAAUUUGGAUUUAAAAAGAUGAAAGUUAUGGUUUCUUUACAAGAAGACUGUGUAUGAAUAACUUUGCUCUGUCUGUAGUAUUUAGAGAUAAAUCAGUGGUCGGCUCUUUAUCUGCAAAUCCAGCUUUAUGUCAUCAUCCAUCAACCAAUGCAUUUUGAUGUUAUUUAUUGGUUUGUUCUAUUUACUUUCAUGUAAAUACCAAACUCCAUCUCGCUGAGAGUGCUCGUCUGUGUAUUUGUGUUCUUUUUGUGUUGUACAUAUGACAUUGUGAUAUUUUGUAUUCUGUGCAUUUGGGAAUCUUCCCAGCUUGUUAGCUCGGACAUUUCUAUGCCCACAUUGCUUCUGUGUGUGUGUUUUUUUUUAAGUAUCAUAACUUUGAACUCUCUUCAAAUUAAAUUAAACUGAAUGCCUGUACAAAUGUUGGCUUCCCCUUCAAUUCAUUUAAAUAACUACUUCAUUAUGUAGUAAAUGUCAAAGGUCCUUAAUAAGGAUAUCAAUUUAUGUUCUCCAUGGAUUAAGACUUUGCUUUUACAUUUAUUGAUUACAUUAUUGGUAACAGAAUCCACAGCAAAAAGUUUCCUGGUUUGAAUCCCAGGUCAGCCAGGGUUUCAUGGGUACAGUUGGAAUGUUCUUUCCAUGUUUGCGUGAGUUUUUCUGAUUAUUAUGAUUAACUUGUACACACCAAAAACUUGCAAAUUGAUCUUCGGUUAAUUGGAAACUAAGUUGUGUGAAUGUGAGAGUGAAUGGUGGUUUGUCUCUGUAUGUUACAUUAUCAGGGUGAACCCUUCCUCUCGCUCAUUGUCAUCUGAGAUUGGCUCCAGCUCCCUGUGACCCUCAAAGGAUUAGUAGCAUAGAGGAUGGACGGUAACAGAAUUGCAGAGUAUGUUUCUGACACUAGAGGGCAACAAGGUCUCAUUUUGGUAAAUUAGCAUUACUGUUAUACAAUUAUAUGCACUAUGUGCCAAAUCUUUGGAAACAUCCAGGUUUUAUUGCAUGAAAUGAUCAUUAUUUUAAUCAAUUUUCCUCUUGUGUAUAUCUGUGAAUUAUAAAAGUUAAUUCCUGGUAUAAAG